AUAAGGGCGGCGCGGCGCGGCGGCCGGGCCCUCUUUCGCCGCCCCGGUAGCGAGAUGACGAAGAAGAGGAGGAACAACGGCCGCGCCAAGAAGGGCCGCGGCCAUGUCCAGCCCAUCCGCUGCACCAACUGCGCCCGCUGCGUCCCCAAGGACAAGGCCAUCAAGAAGUUUGUCAUCAGGAACAUCGUGGAGGCCGCGGCCGUCAGGGACAUCUCGGAGGCCAGCGUCUUCGACUCCUACGUCCUGCCCAAGCUGUACGUGAAGCUGCAUUACUGCGUCAGCUGCGCCAUCCACAGCAAGGUGGUGCGGAACCGCUCGCGGGAGGCGCGCAAGGACCGGACCCCCCCGCCGCGCUUCAGACCGGGUGCUGCCCCCCGGCCCCCCCCCCCAAGCCCAUGUGAGGAGACUCCGUCCGGAUGCGUCCCCCCAGCGCGGGCUGAAUAA